AUGAUUAUUAUUUCAUUUUUUUCAUUACAAACAAUGGCUAAUAAAAUAAGUAUAGGAAGGGAAUCGGGGAGAUUAAAAGAUGCAGAUAAAAAAAAGGUACUUGAUGAAGCAGCAAGAAAUCGUAGAGCACGAAGAGCAUUAGAAAGUUUGGAAAUGGAUAACUUUCAACAAGAUCCACAUGCAGAUAUUAUUUUAAAUAAAAAAGCACCAAAGUUUUUAGAUACUAUAGAAUCAAAAGGACGGCGCAAAAAAGAAAAAAGUGCAGAGUAUUAUAAACAAAAAUUCCGAAGAACGUUUGUACAACUGGUUGAAGAUGAUCAAUUUAAUAAUCCUGAUCCACCAAAUUAUGUUUCUAUUGAAGCACCCCCUUCAGGUUUACCCCGACGUAUAUUUUGUGCAGUGUGUGGAUUUCCAAGCACAUAUACGUGCACAACAUGUGGUGCACGAUACUGCUGUUUGUCAUGUCUGGAUACUCAUCAAUCAACUCGAUGCCUUAAAUGGACUGCUUAACUUAAAAUAACAAAACAAUGGUAUUUUUUUAUGUAUUCCACAAAAGAAAAUAAUUUGUUGAUAAUUUUAUUUUCCAAUAAUAUAUUUCUAUGUAUGUAAUUACAAUAUUAUUAUUUUCUAUAGAUGAAUUCUGCUUAAAUAAUAUGUUUUUUUCAUUAUUAUUA